UUGCGACGUCCUUACAGAACCCUGAGCGGUGGCUGCAAAUCUGCUUUCCGCCACGUCGAACCGACUGAAUACCAGCCACGACUGCUUCAUUUUCGACUUACCGGACGCCGUCAUGUCGCAAUUAGCGAAGUUACCAGGUCGCGGAAGUCACUUCGUUCUGACGACGUCUUCAUUUUGGACCUCGGUCUGACAGCCUUGCAGUGGAACGGUCGCGUUUGCAAUAAGGAAGAACGAGUUAGGGCUGCCCAGUUUCUUCAGCAACUAGAGUCGGAAAGAAACGGGCGCUGCAAGACAGAGGUCUUGGACGAAGCUGAUCUGCGUAAAGACCACGAAUUCUACAAACAUCUAACCGACGAGGAAGCUCGCAAGAAACCAGAGUUCGCUGUCCACGAAAAGUCGCUGUACAGGACAUAA